CAGCUGGGUGACAUUCAGACCAUCUACCACCCCCGAAGUGGCCGUGUACCGGUUGUAGAGCCGCUAUCUGACUUCGAUCGCCGACGUCAUCCUGACACAACUGCAGUCCAUGCGAGCGGAGAUGAGUCACCAUGGACACCCUGGCGCUCCAGAGAGGACUUUGAGCUGUCGGAGCUUGCUAUUGAGGGGGCUUUAUCACACGAGCAGACUGACCCAUUCACGCUUCAGGGAUGUGAUGAGAUGAAAGCCACAUUUGAAGCAGCGUCGAAGACAUUGACUCCGUUCGAGAAACACGAUAUCCCCGUUACAUUCAACGAGCAGAAUGCAACUUUUAACUUUGAGCUCUGGGACCGUUCGCUCUGGGACUGGGGCCUUGACCUCCUAUCAAACCCACGGCUCCAGCCCCAUUUUGUUUUUGAUGCUCAGCGAGUUUCAAAAUAUAAUGGGACACAGUUUGUACGGUUCAUUGAUGAACCGUGGACUGCCAAUGAUUUCUGGACCGUUCAAUCACAACUUCCAGAGGGAGGGAAACCUUUCGCAUUCAUUCUCUAUGCCGAUAAGUCAGUAUUAUCUUCAUUUGGGACCCAAAAAGGCUACCCAGUAGUAGCACGAUGCGCAAAUCUCCCAGCAAAACUCCGAAAUAGUACAGGUCCUGGCGGUGGUCAGGUUGUAGGAUGGUUGCCUAUUGUCGAUGAAGAAGACAAAUACAAGGGAACAACUGACUGGGCCAACUUCAAGAAUAUUGUAUGGCAUAAAUCGUUUGAGAAGCUAUUCGAGUCGCUGGAGGGAUAUGCCAAAACUGGCUUCUGGUUUAAGUUUCAGGACGGCUCCCGGGUGUGGCUGUUUCCAAUUAUACUUAUACUAUCAGCAGACUUCGAAGAGCAGUGUCAAAUGACGGCUUUACGUGGUGGGAUGGCCAACCAUCCUUGUCCUGUUUGUCUUGUCGAAAAGAAGGAUCUUGCCAGUAGCACGGAGCCUUUCCGUUUUCGGACUUCUGAGCAGUCCAAAGCAGUGUACGAGGAGGCCAUGUCAGCUAGGAAUACGACGGUGAAGGAAGAGACCCUCAAGAAAUAUGGCCUUCGGCCUGUUCAGAACGCGUUCUGGAAGUUGAAAUACACCGAUGUCCACAUGGCAAUCUCUUGGGACCGCAUGCAUGCGCACCAUCACGGACUGUGGGGGAAUCAUCUUUGGAAAGCAGUCAAGGCUUGUGCGGGUGAUCUCGGACGUUUACCAUCUGACCAGCUUGAUAAUCAAAUCGAUUCAAUGCCCCGAUGGGCCGGUUUAGGCCACAUCAAAAACGCACUCAAUGUGGAUUUCACUGACGCAUCGAAAGAGUACACUUUAUCCAAGGUGAUCAUUUUCGGAGCACAUAAUGUACUCGACAGGGAGAUGGUGGACACCCACCACAUUCCAUAUGAUAAAGGGUAUCAUUUACUUAAUUGUGUCAGGCUUUACCUUAAUUUCGACAUGUACAUGGGCCUCGAACAACAUACUCAGGAAACAUUAGCCGCAGCACGAGCAGCUCUUCAGGCGUUUGUGGACGCAUUAGCAGACUAUGUCAUUCGCUUCGAUAGCAACAAGAACUGGAACUUUCCCAAGAAUCAUUCAAACCACCAUGCAAUUCGGGAUAUCUUAGCAAAGGGUGUUACAUCUGUAUACAACACCAAGCCCAACGAAUCAAUGCACCGCUCAUUGAGGGAAUCGUACAAGUAUCGAACAAACUUCAAGGAAAUUGCCUUACAGGUGCUUCGCAUAGAGCUAUGGCUUUUAGUUCUAGUCAUUGUCCGAGAGCACAUCACGGCAUUUGACAGGGCUUGCGUUGAGUCAUCCGCGAAGUCAGAGCCUUCGGAUGAAAAGGACACUUUGGUUGAUGAUCUUGAGUCGAGCCAGACACGCUUCACGCUGGGAUCCAAAGCACCUGGAUCUGCACAGAGUCUUCAAGAUCUUCAGGACACUCAUCUCGAUGAUAGCAGAUUCAACAAUCUCAGCAGAAAGUUUGAAGACUUUAUCAACUCGUACUUUGUCACCCACAACCUUUCCUUUCCGAAAAACGAACGUAUCUGUAUCACAUCGAGUUUCAAGGUUAAAGAACACCGGAUGCUUCGUCUUCGAUACCAAUCCAUUGUGGAUAAUCAGAUGCAGGCAGACUUGCUACGUUGUGCACCCGAUUUCCAUCAUCGUGCUCGAAACGACUGCCUUGCGCUGAAUGCAGCAAACACAGUCAUUUUUGUUCGUCUUUUGCUCAUGUUCACGUGCGACAUUGGCGACAGACAGUUUUCAUUCGCACUGGUUGAUCCUUAUGAUUCACCUAUCUUCAACCGCUCUCAGAGGGACCGGGAUUUCGGGCUCUGGCGGGUUCGUGGUUCAGAGCCACCAACAUCACGUUUCAUCGCAUUUGAUGACAUGAUUCGAGGGGCAGCUUUAGUUAAAGAUUUCGAGGGGACGGGGGACCAUUUUGUAUUGGACACCGUCGAUUCUGACUGGUUUUUACGAGUUCAAACCUUCUGGUCUAGAGUUAAUACGAAUACCUCAGCUUCAUGA